AUGAAGCUCAACAACCAUACAAAAGGGUCAAAUAAGGACGAAGAUCUAGACACCUCAGAAGAUGUGAAACAUCAUAUAACUAGACUCCCUAAUGACCCAGGGAUGUUUAAUGAAAGUCAGUAUGUUGUAUUUUACACUGAGUUUGUCCUCCUUGGGUUUCCAGGGAUUGUUGCCUACAGGAAGUUUUUGGUGAUCCCGUUUCUUUCUGUCUAUGCUACAAUAUUGACUGGUAACUUACUUAUUAUAUACAGAAUCUGUAGAGAAAGGAGUCUCCAGUCCCCCAUGUAUAUUCUCAUCUCCAUACUUUUUACUGUCAACAUUUCUUGCACAACUUCGAUCAUACCCAAACUCAUCCUCGGCUUGUCCUUCGACCUGAAUGAUAUUACUCUGGCUGGUUGCCUGGUACAAAUGUUCUAUAUUUAUUUCAUGGCUAUUUUUGAGUCUGCUAUUAUCCUAUCAAUGGCCCUGGACAGGUAUGUGGCCAUUUGUAGACCUCUACGUUACAAUGAGAUCAUGACCAAGCAGACCAUGGUCUACCUGGUCAUCAUUGGGAUUUCCCGCAGCACUUUUUUUGUUUCGCCAAUGGUUAUACUGGCUUCUUAUGUUCAAUAUUGUAAGUCCAACAUCAUUCUGAAUUUUGUUUGUGAGAAUAUGGGGCUCCUGAGCCUGGCUUGUGGUGACAUCUCCAAACAGCAAAUUGUGGGUCUCCUUGUGAGGAUCAUCAUCUCAGUUCUUGAUUUUUGUCUGCUCCUAUUCUCCUAUUCUAGCAUCCUCUAUACAGCCAUGAAGAUCAUAUCUGGUAAGGCUCGCCACAAAGCCCUGCACACCUGUGGCAUGCACCUUCUGGUAGCCAUGCUCAUAUACACAUGUGCUAUGGUAUCUUCCAUCAUGUACAGAAUGCAUUCACUCAUUUCCUAUGAUGUCCAGAACCUGUUUAAUGCAAUCUACUUGAUGAUCCCAGCCAUGUUAAAUCCAUUUAUCUAUGGAUUAGGAGUCAAAGAGAUCCGACAAUCCUUGAUGAAAUCUUGGAAGAAGAGAAGUUUAGUUCUCUCCUUCUCAAUGCACGGCCACAUUAAUAAGACCUUUGUUCUUCGACCAUCUGCAGACGAAAAGUGA